UUGUGAAAAUCUGCUUGUUCCGCAUUGACGCCACGAGCGCUCGGGUUCAGCUUUUUAAAAAACAUCUGUGUCGAGUACAGGUUGGUUUUACUUCUCAUAAAGAAUCCCUGUUGAAUUUUGCAGUGGUUUCCACAGAGCCCAAACUCACAUGAUUAGUCAUCUGUCAUAAGACAUUGCUGAAGAUACGAGGAAGAAAUGAACGGAGAGAGACGAAGCUGAUUGUAUUUCUCAUUGGAAGAGUUUCAGCCAUGAAGUCAGUAAGAUAAAUCAGAUGUUGUGAGUGGUUAAGGAAUCACUGAAACAUGCCACAUUUGGGAGUCCAGGCUGUUGUCGUGGCACUCGUGUGUUUGUUGGGAGCAGUGAGGAGUCAGACUACCCUCACCCCUGCUCUGACCGCCACCACAGUUAUGGAGAAUGUGACCGCCACCACAGUCAGUGAGAUUGUGACUGCAACCUCUCCCAUCAUGCUCAGCACCACGACACCUGGCUGCUCAAUCUUGAACACCUCCAGCUGUGAGGCCUGUGCACCGGGCACCUACUAUGACAAUGAGACUUUGUUGUGUUCAUGUUGUCCGGAGCCUGGGCUGUGUAUAUUCCCCAGUGGCUGUCGUUCCUGCUCACCAGGUUUCUACCAGCCGCUAGAAGGCCAGCAGAAUUGUCUUCCCUGCACACCAGGCUUCUACACUAAUUUCACAGCGAGCCCUGUGUGUCAGGCCUGUCUUCCUGGUUCUUAUACUAAUGAAAGUGGUUCAGUCUCAUGUCAAGCUUGUGCACCAGGUUUUUAUACAUCCAGACAGAAUGCCACUGUUUGUAACCCAUGUCCAUAUGGCACAUUCUGCAACUCCUCCAGUUGUGCUCAGUGCCAGAUGUGUCCUGCUGGCUCUGAAGCGUUAAAGACGGGCAGCAGGCAAUGCUCCCCCUGUCGCCCAGGCAUGCACAAGACCUCUCAUCAGAAAAUAUGUCAGAUCUGCAACAUUGGUUUCUAUCAGAUUCACUGGGGCCAGGAGAACUGUGACAUCUGCCCUGAAGACCACUACUGCCCAAGUCCAGAUGUGAAUCCAAUCCUGUGUCCCAGUGAUGCUUUUUGCCCUGAGGGCAGCACUGCUCCGGGUUAUUGCAUGGAGACUUUCUUAAGAAAGGCUGGAGAUACGUGCGAGCUUGCUCCUGUCACCAUAGCUCUGAUUGUCAUUGGAGGAGGAUUGUUCCUUCUGUUCAUGGUGCUCCUGGUUUGUCGGAGGAGAAGGGAUGCAGACAGUGAACUGUCUCUCUCUCGUGCCCCACUUCUGCGGAAGGACCGUCCCAGUUGUCAUGUGUAUGGAGUCCCGUGUGAUGCAGAUCCUGUGUAUGCAGGAUGGUGACACAUUGACAAUGCAGAGAGAGUGUACAAAAUCCUGUCAAGCUAUUGCAAGCUUCUAUGCUGCACAUUUGGACUUCUGAAAAUGUACUGAAUAUUUGACAAACUGUUUGCAACAUUUUGAUAAAGUUCAUAUCUGUUUUCAGCUGCCCAGUGUUUGCUUCUGAAUGUUCACUCAGACAAAUCAAACUAUCUUUUUUUUUAUUAUGGUGUUCACUGCUGUACACGGCACAAUGGUUGAAUGAAUGCAAAGGAGUAUCAUUGUAGAAGUACAAAUCCUCUUUUUUUAACAAGUUGAAUUGGGCCAGAUCUGACAAUACUUUUUGCCUGUAAAAGUAUGGUGAGAAAUGUUUUUGUAUUUAACUAUUAAGUCAUUGCACUGGUCUUUAAUAUGUGGUACUAGUUAAGAUUUGUGAUUGUGCUGAACUGUUGCUGUUGCCUGCAUGAUUGUAUUUAUUCACUUGUGCCCCUUGAUGUUUUAUUACAUAUGGUACUUCAAGAGCUGUUUACUAUGGAAGUUAUAUCUUUUUGGUAUUUAAAAAGUUAAUGCCAUAUUGGAAUUUUUAAAAGAAGCACAAUCGGCCUUGGCUAGAAAAUAAACUUUGCACAAGUUUCAAACGAAUUUUCAUGACAACUACAAGAUUGUUCAUUUGAUGUUUUUUAAUUGAGCAUUUUUUCCAUAGCCAAUGAAUACAUUAUACAUUAUUAUUAUUAGUAGUAGUAGUAGUAGUAGUAGUAGUAGUAGUAGUAGUAGUAGUAGUAGUAGUAGUAUUAUUAACAACGGUCAUAUAAAUGUGGUGUGGACUGUUCUGGUUGAGUUGGAAUACACCACUAUGUCAGACCAGUGGACCAGUGUGGUGAUGUUGAGAUGUACUGGGGGAACUGGAGUAAACUGAGCUAGUGCAGUCUUGCAGACUGUGGAGGUUGAAGGAACAAGGGAGGGUAACAUAGGUGAAUUUAGUCAGGAAACUGAGGCAGGCUUGCUGGAUUCUCCACAGGUCAGACCAACUAACUGGUUUAUUGAGUAUGUUCUCCCAUGCUGUCCAUCACCGCUGGAAUCCUGGAGAACCAGCCCUGAUCCUGUACCUCUAUUCCUCCACCCUUGCCACCUCUGCCUUUUAGCACUUUUGUUGUUUUAAUUUUUUUAUUUUUUAUAAAUGCCAUUUAUAAUGACAAAAAUGUCAAUGAAUGUGGUAAAAAAUAAAUAAAUAAAUAAAUAAAAUAUUUUUGCCGAAUA